AUGACUAGCCAAGACCAAAUCCUGAUAUCGGCAAAGUCGGUCACCAAGACCUAUGAGGACGGCUUCCAGGCGCUCAAGGGCGUCGAUCUCGACAUUGUCGAUGGCGAGAUCAUCGCGCUGCUCGGCCCCAACGGCGCCGGAAAGACGACGCUGAUCUCGAUCAUCUGCGGGAUCGUGAACGCCUCGUCGGGCACGGUGACGGUGGCCGGCCACGACAUCGUCGACGAUUACCGCAAGACGCGCAGCCUGAUCGGGCUGGUUCCGCAGGAACUGACGACGGACGCGUUCGAGAGCGUGUGGUCGACCGUCUCCUUCUCGCGCGGCCUGUUCGGCAAACCGGCAAAUCCGGCCCAUAUCGAAAAGGUCCUCAAGGACCUGUCGCUGUGGGACAAGAAAGACAACAGGAUCAUGCAGCUUUCGGGCGGCAUGAAACGCCGGGUGCUGAUCGCCAAGGCGCUCGCACACGAACCGCGUAUCCUGUUCCUGGACGAGCCGACCGCCGGCGUCGAUGUCGAACUGCGCAAGGACAUGUGGGCGGUGGUCGAGCAAUUGCGCGCCGAUGGCGUGACCAUCAUUCUGACGACGCACUAUAUCGAGGAAGCCGAAGCGAUUGCCGACCGGAUCGGCGUCAUCAACAAGGGCGAGAUCAUCGUCGUCGAGGAAAAGGCGGCACUGAUGACCAAGCUGGGACAGAAGUCGCUGCGUCUUGACCUGCACGCCCCGCUGACCCGUAUUCCCGACAAUCUGUCGGCUUUCACGGGCGCGCUCGAUCUGUCCGAGGACGGCUCGGUUUUGACCUACAGCUACGACACCAGCGCCGAGCGCACCGGCAUCACGCGCCUUCUCGCAGGCCUUGCUGAAGCAGACGUCCGCGGAGCAGGCAUGAACGGCCGCGCGAUACUGGCGAUCUACCGCUAUGAGAUGGCGCGCAUGUGGCGCACGAUCGGCCAGAGCGUCGUCUCGCCCGUGCUGUCGACAUCGCUCUAUUUCAUCGUUUUCGGUGCGGCGAUCGGCUCGCAGAUGCAGGAAAUCGACGGCGUGUCCUACGGCGCGUUUCUCGUGCCCGGUCUCGUCAUGCUGUCGCUUUUGACCCAAAGCGUUUCCAACGCCGCUUUCGGCAUCUAUUUCCCCAAAUUCACCGGCACGAUCUACGAGGUCCUGUCGGCGCCGGUUUCGGCAUUCGAGAUCCUGUGCGGCUAUGUGGGCGCGGCGGCAACCAAGUCGCUGAUCCUUGGCGCGAUCAUCCUCGCAACGGCGACGCUCUUCGUCGAUCUGCAGAUCGCCCAUCCCUUCUGGAUGCUGUUCUUCCUCGUGCUGACGGCGGUCACCUUCUCGCUGCUGGGCUUCAUCAUCGGCAUCUGGGCGGACGGGUUCGACCAGCUGCAGAUCGUGCCGCUUCUGGUGAUCACGCCGCUGGUGUUUCUGGGCGGCAGCUUCUACUCGAUAUCCAUGCUGCCGGACUUCUGGCAGACGGUGACGCUGUUCAAUCCGGUGCUCUAUCUUGUCAGCGGCUUCCGCUGGAGCUUUUACGAGAUUUCCGAUGUCAGCCCAAUGAUCUCGAUCCUCGCGAUUCUGGUGUUCCUGACCGUGUGCUGCACGAUCAUCUGGUGGAUCUUCAAGACGGGCUACCGGCUGAAGAGCUGA